CGUUGUCAUGGCGGCGGUGGCGGCGGCUUAGGCCGGGCCUGGUGGUGAGAGCGGAGGGGACACCGGGACGGGCUGUUCGCUCUUCCCUUCCUCCCGCUCGUUCCUGGGAUUCCGGAGCCGCCGGGAUGACCCAGGCGGAGCUCCGGCUCUGCUCCCUCCUGCUGCAGGAGCAUUUCGGGGAAAUUGUGGAAAAAGUGGGGAAUUCUCUGCUCCGGACGGGGCCGCGGCCGCUGCGGCUCCUGGUGGGGGACACGGGGCUGCUCCCGGAUCAGGUGAAGAAGGCGCUGUGCGUGCUGAUCCAGCACGGCCUGGCGCGCUACGAGGCGCAGCCGCGCGGCCCCGUGGAGUACGAGGCGCGGGGCCGGCGCGUGCUGCGCCUGCUGCGCUACCCCCGCUACAUCUACACGGCCAAGGCGCUCUACGGCGACCCCGGCGAGCUGCUGGUGGAGGAGCUGCUG